AUGGAUGGGACAUAUAAUAACCCUUAUGCGCAAGGGCAGUCGCAAUCUCCAUUAUCUCCCCAAACGCCUGGAGGAUAUCAGGUCAACGUCAACCGUACCAAGACGAGGAAAUGGGUCCAAGCGCCGACUCAGAAUUACGAUGGUGACGACUGGGGCGCCGACGAGUUCGAGGAUGACGAGCCACCGCCGCCUCCCCCGGUUCCUCGAGUAACAACAGGUCUCCGACCGGUCGGACAACGAACCGAAUCAUUUGGACCCUCCCCAAGAUUAGCUGCCGCUGUCGCUUCCAGUUCUCGUAGCUCAAGCAACGCGCCUUCGCUACAGCUUCUGACGAACCAUCCGGAUGUGCCCAACCCAGGCCACCCAGAACAAUUCCAUAAUGUUUCGUCGCCGGUUUCAGGACGAACCGGAUCACCUGCUCCUUUGUCUUCAGGCCCUGGAUCUUCGAAGGUGCCCAGUUAUCAUCAACAGCCCGACGUACGAUCCUCUACCCCGCAGAGCACCGCAAGUUCCGCUGCUCGUGGUUCGCCUUCAAUCCGACCCGAUUUUCGCCAUAUAGAUGAUGAACGUAAAUUGGGGGGUUCGCCGUUGUCCAUCGCAGAGAAUAUCGCACCGAGACCCGAUGAUCGCUCUACACCCCCAGUCAAUGAACCGAACCAGCCAGGAUACGGUCGAGAAGAUGGCCCAGCGAUUGAUAAGGUCCAGAAGCAGCCAACGUUUGAUGCCAUUCUUGCGAAGCGUGAGGAGCUUGGCUUAGGAUCUCAGGGGUUGCACGAUCCUCCCACUUUGGAUAGCAUUGCUUCCUCAGAGCCUGCUAGUCACAAGGAAGAAACUGUGAUUCAUUCGCCUGCAGACAUAGACAGGAAGCGAUUAUCUGUCAGCCCGCAGCUUCCCGAUGUUGCGCGUAUGUCAGUAUUUGGCGCUGAUUUUUUCUCCUCGGGAAGCAAGUCGAGCGCUGCUGCCUCUGCCCAAGACCCGACCAAGCAAGACCAACCUUCAGUUCCCAGCCAAGCAACUGAUAGCCCCGGAAAUCUCGCAACUUUGGAAGAGAAGCCCAGAGAGAGUGGGGACAAUACUAGCACUCCUGGACCUAACAGCAGUACCUCUCUUGCCCCUGCGAAUGACCCUCGAGCUGUUCCACCUCUGCGUACACCGAGCCCGAACUCAAAGGGACUCUUCCCAUCACCUAGAGAGCCUGCAUCAGCCACCGACUCCAAGAUUACGCCCACAGAGCCUCUGCACCCUCGACAACCGGAUUACUCUCCAUCAAACUACGAGCCAAAUUCUGCUUUGACACAAGGAUCCUUGAACACAUUCAAUUCGUCGCCUGUUAAGGAAAGCGAUGUCUUAAGUGAGGAAAUCAUGAGGUCCCUUAGCCCCAUUGCUCCAACACCAAGCUCUGCAGUGUCUCGACCUUUGCCUGAUAAUUCUCAGUCUUUGACACCAGGCGACCGAGGUGUCACUCGUAAUAGCAGUUAUACCCUUAGCGAUUAUGAUAGCUAUUGGGCCGAUUCAAACGAGAAACCCGGGCAAGAUUCAAAGAUUGAAGCAGAGGUCCAAGAGAAGCCCAAGACUGAGACCUCUCCAGUUCAUGAGCAGCAACAGCAACAGCAACCAAUUGUCCAACCACUUUCUAGCGUCGUGGUGUCUGCCGAAUCCCAGCCUACCGCUCAACCAGAGUCACCAAAGUCUGAUUCACGGCGUAGAUUCUCUUGGGAGGCUGGUUUCGAUUCCCCACCAAAGAUUCUCCCUGUCGAGCCGCCCUCUGGUACUUUCAACAACGAAGCUCCUCGCCCAGCUUCUCCUUCACCUCUAGCACCAGCGGGAGUCCCAUCUCCGAAGGACGAGGCUUUAGAUGUUGCCAGCCAAACUAAAGAGUCACCUCAAAAUGUCGAGACUCCCAGAAUCAUCAUCCCACCUUCUGGUGGCAUUUCUCAUCAAGUUUCCAAAGCCAGCACGCUACCGCCAAGCCGGCAGCCAGCUACUUUGGAGCCUCCUUCUCCCGUCUCUAUCGAGAAUGACGAUGCUACUCCUCGAGCCGUUGACAAUCGUCGUCCAUCUGUUGCAGAGAAUAAAUCAUUGACUCAGGUACCUUCAAAUCUUACGUCAGCAUCGCCACCCCCAGAUAAGUCGACCAAAGCUCUUCCUCCCAGUCAGUUCCCUCAGACUACUCCAUGGCGCGAUAUUAUGAGCCUAGCAACACCCGUUCAAAGGACUCUCAAGUUUGAAGCGGGUUUAGCUACACACCAAGCGUGGGAGUCAGGUUUGGAGAACUGGCUGUCUAAUCUGAUCACCGAGCAUCCCGAAUACGCGAACAGAACUUCCUCCUUCUCCGGAGCCGGGGUGCCCACAAGUCAAAAGGGACACGCAUCAGGUCCCAGCCUUUCUCACAAUCAACAGCCGUAUUACCAGCAGUAUCUUAAUGCAAGCUCGCCUACGACAGGGCCACCACCAGGGCGAUCUCGACUUGGCGGAUCCGUGCCAUCCGGCACCAGCGGCUUCGGCAACUCGAGCAACCAGAUUGGAACCAAGGGCAAGGAAUUCAUGCAGUCUGCUGGAAAGAUGGGCAAGGGAUUGUUUAGCAAGGGAAAGAGCAAAUUGCGUGGAACUGGGGACAAGGUAUUUCACUGA